UACGUCAUGGAUCAUUUGCAUCUGCUGGCAGGAGCCGUUGGCGUCCUCUCUCACCAGUUCUAUUUCAAAGCCGGCGAACACCAUCUCUACCCACUACGCUCUCUGCUUCGCUACACGGCCAUAAUCAUCGCGACCGCCCUGGCCCUAAGCGUCAGCAAAGCGAUAUCGCUGUAUGACUUCAUCAGGGCUACAGCAGGACUGGUGGUCGCCUACCUUGCAGGCCUCUACAUCUCCCUCAUCCUAUACCGGGCGCAUUUCCAUCCUCUAAAGCACAUCCCUGGCCCAUACGGCGCACGAUUCUCAGGCCUGUGGUUUUCAGUCAGAUUACACGGCAUUCCAGCCUAUAAAGUCCUCCACGGCCUCCACGCAAGAUACGGACCCAUCGUCCGUGUUGGCCCGUCUAACGUCUCUAUCAUUCACCCCCAGGCCGUCACCCAGAUCUACGGGCCCAGCUCCAAAUGCACGAAGAGCUCGUUUUAUGAUAAUGGCCAUCCGAUGCGCUCCCUCCACGCGUAUCGAAGCCGCGCAGAGCACGACCAACGCCGGCGCGUGUGGAGCACGGGGUUCAGUGAUGCGAGGCUGAGAGGGUACGAGUCUCGGAUCCGCGUCUAUCGCCAGAAGCUAUUUGACCGGCUGAUUUCCCUUGGGCAGACCAGUACCACCGAUAUCAGCACCUGGUUCAAUUUCUACAGCUACGAUGUUAUGGGCGAUCUAGCCUUCGCGCGCAGCUUUGGCAUGCUCGAUACGCGGAAUAAUCACUGGGCAAUUGAUGUUCUUCUCGCUGGAAUCGUUCCCUUUGGAUAUUAUCUCCCGUCGUGGGUAUUUCGGUGUUUGGUCACUGUCCCCUCGCUUUCCAAGGAUUUUCAUCAUUUUGUGGGGUUUGCGACGCAGACGCUUGUUGAGAGGAUGAAUACCAAGGUGGAAAUCCCCGACAUUUGCGCGUCAUUUCUAGCCUCUCUCAAGGGCGAGAGCCCAACACCCGACCAGUUCAGCCUGCUCAUGGGCGACGCUAUGCUAGUCAUUACAGCUGGAAGCGACACAACCGCCACAUCCCUCACAAGCAUUGUCUACGAACUCGCCCGCCACCCCCAGGAAGUCGACAAGCUCCGCGCGGAGCUCCAGCUGAUCACACCAGACGACCUCUCUUCCGGGGAAUACCUGCACAGCCAGAUUGCGAAUCUUCCACAUCUUAACGGCUUCAUCAACGAGACGCUACGACUACACCCGCCAAUCCCAAGUGUUAUCCCCCGCGAUACCCCGCCGGAGGGGCUCACGAUUAAUGUUGAUGGGAUGAAGACGCAUAUCCCCGGUGCAAUGACUGUUUUCUGUCCGCAGUGGGCUAUUGGGCGAUCGGCGGAUUCAUAUGUAGAGCCCCUCUCCUUCAUUCCCGAACGCUGGUAUGAUCGACCGGAGUACAUCAAGGCUCGCGAGGCAUACUCACCUUUCUCAAGCGGAGCCUACAGCUGCAUCGGCAAACCGCUCGCCUUAAUGAAUAUUCGGACGACAAUAGCCCGCCUGAUCAUGACGUUUGACAUUUCCUUACCAGAGAGUCAGGAUAAAGACGCUCAGGUUGAUCCGCUCGAUAAUGCAAAAGAUCAUUUCUCCAUGGGGAUUGAGAGCAUGGUUGUCAGGUUGGUUCUGAGGGAUUGGAAGACAACUCAUUGAGUGAACGGGCUUCUUGACCUUAGUAUCGUAGCUAGAUGUACAUGAGAAGCGGUUAUUUAAAAUCAUGGAUGUAUGUCAAGAUGCCUUAGGUGAAUAGACUUUGUAUGUCUUGGAACUUUAUGUCUGGACAUAUCAGAGGGGCCCGGGAUCAAGUUGAAAGCCUUAGGCCCAAUCGGGAGAGGCCCAGAGCUGUGAC